AUGCAGGAAUACGGGCAAAUGCGAGGGCGAAGUUCAGACGAAAAAAGAAGAGUCUGCGUGGCUCAGAUCAUAUUCGGAGAGAAAACUGUAUUUAUACAAUUCUCACGGAGAGACUCCCUUUACUCCUUCAUUCGGAAGGCCAUUCUCGGGCUGGCAGCUUCCCUGCAGCCUACAUACGGGGGAGUCCCAGAGGAGGAGAUUGACCUGCGGGAGUAUACGGAGUUCCUCUUCUACGUGGAGGAUUUAGGCGGAAGAAAGAUACUUCUGAACAACCGCGAGAGAGAGUUCCCGAACUUGCUCAGAUUCUUCUCGUACAAGCUCACUCUGCACGUGUACUUGACGGGGUCGGUGGCAGAUGCUUCCGGGAAUGUUCACACGUGA